ACCUCCGUUCCCCCCGCAAAAACCUCAUCACAAAGUUAAAAAACCGCCCCGACUUACCAUACCCAUUUCCCCCAAUUCUAGAGUCGAUGAACAAGAACAAGCGACAGGCUUACGGAGUCUUCGAGAACGCCGGUCACCAGCACUCGGCCGAGUCUUGGGGUACCGGUCGUGCCGUCGCCCGUAUCCCCCGUAUCGCCGGUAGCGGUACCGCCAGGGCCGGACAGGGAGCUUUCGGAAACAUGUGCAGGGGAGGAAGGAUGUUCGCUCCUACCAAGACUUUCAGGAAGUGGCACGUCAAGAUCAACCAAAACCAGCGACGAUACGCCGUCGCCUCGGCUUUGGCUGCUUCCGCCCUUCCCUCUUUGGUCCUCGCCCGUGGUCACCGAGUCGAGCAGAUCCAGGAGGUUCCUCUCGUCCUCGCCGACUCUGCCGAGUCGCUGAAGAAGACCAAGGAGGCCGUUGAGCUCUUGAAGACCGUCAAGGCCUACUCGGACAUUGUCAAGGUCUCCAACUCGAGGAAGAUCAGGGCUGGAAAGGGAAAGAUGAGGAACAGGAGGCACAGGCAGAGGAGGGGUCCUUUGGUCGUUUACAAGAACGACGAGGGUAUCGUCAAGGCCCUCAGGAACAUUCCUGGUGUCGAGACCUGCCCCGUCUCGGCCUUGAACUUGUUGCAGUUGGCCCCCGGUGGUCACGUCGGCAGGUUCGUCAUCUGGACCGAGGGUGCCUUCGGUGCCUUGGACGAGGUUUACGCCGCCAAGUCUGGUUACGAGCUCCCCACCGCCAAGAUUUCGUCUUCCGACGUUACCCGACUCAUCAACUCUGACGAAAUCCAGUCGAUCGUCCGAGCUGGUGGUGCCCCCACCCAGAAGAGGCCCUUCACCCAGAAGAAGAACCCUCUCAAGAACAAGGCCGUCUUGUUCAGGCUCAACCCUUACGCCAAGACUCUUCGUCGUCAAGAGCUGUUGAGGUCCGAGAAGAAGGGUUCCGUCAAGAAGUCGACUCCCGGCAAGGUCGCCGGUGCCGAGUUCUUGAAGACCUUGCACGCUGCCUGAGCGGGUCGAUGAGGUGGACGAGGAAGAUCACGGUGCGAUGAGGGAGUAAUCAUCCAACUCGUAUCGGGUCGGGUCCGUCCGCUCGUCGGUUCUUUGCUUUGGCGUGGCUUGUGUUUUCUUAUGUGUAUGGUCGGAAUAGUCCUAUGAGAAUGACAUCCCGCCGCACGAACCAAUUGAAGCAGUGUCUGGUCUGGAUCUCUUGUUGCAGUUCACGCAUGCCGGAGUGAAUAGCUCGUGAUUGACCUUGCUGUCCACCGGUCGAGGCGUUUACGCGUCCGAG